UGAAAUACAUAUACAUAUACAUAUUGGGCUUCCUCCCUAGUCUUUAUACCAAAUUUCCACAUCCAAAUCACCUCUCAUUUUUAAACUGCUGCCUCUAAUUCUUGUGCGGUACCCCAAAACAAUACCGAUGGCCAUUUGUAAUCUUCAAUAUCUCUGCCUCUUUCUUAUUUCCAUUUCACCAAUUUUAGCAAAUGCCCAAACUGAGAAUAGAAUUGCUUUAGGAUCAUCCCUCCUCGCUUCUGAUAACUCUUCCUCGUGGAAAUCACCAUCAGGUGACUUUGCCUUCGGAUUCCGCCUACUUGACAAUCAGAAUCUCUUCUUGCUUGCCAUUUGGUUCGACAAAAUACCCGAAAAAACCAUAGUUUGGUUUGCGAAUGGAGAUAAUCCUUCACCGGAAGGAUCAAAACUUGAGCUCACCGAUGAUGGCCAGUUCACAUUGAACAACCCGCAAGGCCAGCUCAUCUGGAAACCCGAGUCUGUUGGAAAUGGAGUCGCGUAUGCUUCCUUGCUCGACACAGGCAACUUCAUUCUUGCAAAUGGGGAGUCUCUUUAUCUAUGGGAGAGCUUCAAACAUCCGUCUGACACCAUCUUGCCGAGUCAAGUAUUGGAAACAGGUGCAAAGCUAUACUCGCGACAAACAGACAACAACUACUCAAAAGGAAGGUUCCAGCUUAGGUUCCUACCAGAGGGUGAUCUUGUGCUUAACACCAUUGCCCUCCCAACAGAUUUUGCAUACGGUAAUUACUAUCACAGCAACACUUCAGAUGGUCUAAAUGGCAUGAAUUCCGGGUACAAGGUAGUUUUUAAUGAGUCAGGCUAUCUUUAUGUCAUGAGAAGGAAUGGGAAUGUAGUGAACCUCACAUUGGGAAAUAUAGCUUCAACCAGAGAUUUCUACCACCGGGCAACACUGGAUUUUGAUGGGAUCUUGACCCAAUACGCCCACCCCAAGGCUCCGAGGAAUGGAACUUGGGUCCAGUCAUGGUUCAGCAUUUGGUAUGAGCCCAAAGACAUCUGUUUUGAUAUGACAGGAGAUUAUGGAGCGGGGGCUUGUGGGUUCAACAGCUUUUGUACACUGGACUUGUUCGGAAGGCCUACUUGUGAAUGCCUCCCUGGAUUCUCCCUUGAGGACCCUAACAACAAGUACAGUGGCUGCAAACAAGACAAGGUCAGAAAAUGCGAGCCAGGUGAUUCAAAUCCAGAGGAACUGUUUGAAAUUCAUGUGGUAUCUAAUACGUUUUGGCCUUCUUCUUCAAACUAUGAGAUAUUCCCAUUAUCAAGUGAAGAUGACUGCAGUAGAUCUUGCUUCAGUGAUUGCAAUUGUGUGGUGGCUGUAAUCAAAAAGGGAACUUGUUCGAAGAAGAAAUUGCCAUUGUCAAACGGAAGGCUGGAGCGGAGCACCUAUGGUAAGGCUCUCGUCAAAGUACCAAAGUCUGAUGAUUCUUCCGAAUUCCCGCUUUCUCCAAAUAAAGAUGAAGGGAAGAAAGAUCAAACUCCGAUACUGGUAGUUUCAAUUCUCUUAGGUGGUUCCAUGAUAAUUAACUUGAUAUUUGUGGCAGCGAUUGCUGUAAUAAUGUUCUGUUCAUACCAGAAAAAACAGAAACCGACUCGAGAAUCAAGUAUAUUGGAAACCAAUAUCAGGUCUUUCACGUAUAAGGACCUCAGAGAUGCCACAGAUGAUUUUCGUGAAGAGCUGGGAAGAGGUGCUUUCGGCACUGUAUACAAAGGGGUCAUUUCUUCUUCAAGUUCAAGAAAAGAAGUAGCAGUCAAGAAGCUAGACAAGUUGAUACAAGAAGGGGAAAAAGAAUUCACAACGGAGGCAAUUGCAAUAGCCAAGACCCAUCACAAAAACCUAGUCCGACUGCUUGGAUUCUGUGAUGAAGGGCCACACAGGCUAUUGGUUUACGAGUACAUGAGUAAUGGCACGUUGGCAGGCUUUGUUUUCAGAAUUUCAAAGCCUGACUGGAACAAACGGAUCCAAAUGGCAGUUGGGAUUGCAAGAGGACUCAUGUACUUACACGAGGAGUGCAGCACACAAAUCAUCCACUGUGACAUCAAGCCUCAAAACAUUCUGCUUGAUGACUCAUUCACGACAAGGAUUUCCGACUUUGGAUUAGCAAAGCUUCUGAUGGGAGAUGAAACCCGGACUCAAACAGCAAUUAGAGGGACCAAAGGAUACGUUGCACCUGAAUGGUUCAGAAGUAAACCUAUUACAGCAAAAGUGGACGUUUAUAGUUACGGGGUCAUGUUACUCGAGAUCAUUUGUUGUAGGAAGAAUGUUGAACAGGAAAGGGAGAAUGAAGAGGACAUAAUACUGACUGAUUUUGUAUACGAUUACUACAAAUGUAGAAGGUUGGCGAUACUUGUGGAGAACGAUGAAGAGGCGAGAAAUGACAUGAAAAGGGUGGAGAGGCUAGUGAUGGUGGCGAUUUGGUGCAUUCACGAGGAUCCAUCUUUACGGCCCUCCAUGAAGACCGUUCUACAAAUGCUUGAAGGAGUCGUUGAAGUUUCAGUUCCCCCAUCUCCUUAUCCCUUCAGCUCAAUUUUAUUGAAUCUACCAUCUAGUAUGUGAGAAUACAGUGGUCUGUAGCUAUGUUAGCCAGAAUGCGGGUUAUGAGGAUCAAGAAGCGGAACAGGGACGUGCCUCGUGUCCUGAAUAAAUUUUGCGGGUUACAAAAUUUGUAUGCAAUUGUUUUAAGCUAUAAAACAUCCUUUAAUACCCGAAUGUUGUUUUCCAGAUUAGUGGCACCAUGAUGGUAAUUCAUAUUGAAUUACAGCAUGAACUUUUAUUCAGUAUGGCAUUGCCAUUUUUACCCUGAAAAGGAUGAAAAUGCUACAUACCAGUAUCAAAAAGCAUAUAAC